AUGGAUCGUAAGAAAGAAAACAAAACUACGGGACAAAAAUCGAGUCGAAGCAAUACCAAAAACAGUAUUGCGAAGCCCAACGCUCUCAAAGAAAACCACAAGAGCAUCAAAAGACUGAGGAAGUCGUCUCUAAGUCGGGCACAGCGAAAUUUCGCAGUUUUCAGUAAAGAUAACAGCCAUUUCAAUAAGUACGAAAACCUAGAAAUGGAUCCAAACGAUUCGGGGACAGACAGCAACGAAAACGAGCGGGGAAACAAUAACAAGAAGAAAGAGCACGUAGUGCUGAUACAGGACGAUGGAACUGACGCACCCCGUGAAAUCGACCUGGUGGAAAUCUCCAGUAACAGUAGCGACAGCGAUUCUGGUGAUACGCCAAGCGAUGGCCAAGUUAAAAAGGUUUCCACAAGUCCAAGUGCAGACGGGACGUCAAAUGCACUUGAUGACAAUACGGACUUCAUAUCGCUGAGCAUGAGUGAAUCUGAAGACGAAAGUGACGAAAACGAAAAUGAAAACGAGACUAAAGGUAAAAACGACGUUGCGGGCUCAUACGACUACGAUAACUACGACGAUGAGUAUCCCAGCAAGUCCACCACACCGACACCAAAACAGAGGCUCAACAGCGACUAUCCGUGGAUUCUCAAUCAUGAUCAUUCCAAACAGCGGGAAAUUGCGGACUGGUUGACACUGGAGAUCAAAGAUUUCGUCUCAUACAUUUCUCCCAGUCAGGAAGAGAUCUCCCUUAGAAACUCGACAAUCACGAAAAUACGGUCAGCGAUCAAAGCUCUUUGGCCCGAUUCUGACCUUCAUGUUUUCGGUUCUUUCGCGACCGAUCUUUAUCUGCCGGGAUCGGAUAUUGAUUGCGUCGUCAACAGCAGCGCGGGUGACAAAGAAAACAGAAACUGUCUGUAUUCUCUUGCCAGUUUUUUGAAAAGACGCAAGCUAGCUACUCAGGUAGAAGUAAUUUCCAAAGCGCGGGUACCAAUUAUCAAGUUUGUGGAACCAGAAUCACAGAUUCACAUAGAUAUUUCUUUCGAGAGAAUCAAUGGUCUGGAGGCUGCUAAAACUAUUCGUGGGUGGUUGAAACAGACGCCCGGAUUAAGAGAGCUCGUUCUGAUAGUGAAGCAGUUUCUCACGGCGAGAAGACUCAAUAGUGUGCAUACCGGUGGUUUGGGUGGGUUCAGUGUUAUUUGUCUGGUCUACGCCUUCCUGCAACUUCAUCCUCGGGUUUUGAGUGGUGAUAUAAGCACAGAGGAAAAUCUUGGAAUUUUGCUGAUAGAUAUGUUCGAGCUCUACGGUAAGAAUUUUGGAUACGACCAUGUUGCUCUGUCGGUCAAAAGCGAUAGAGCAUCCUAUCUACCGAAAGACAGAUAUCCAAGUCUACAAAACCCACGCACAUCAUUCUCACUCGCCAUACAGGAUCCAGGAGACCCUGACAACAACAUCAGUCGUGGCUCCUUCAAUAUUCGAGAUAUCAAAAAGGCCUUUGCAGGUGCAUUUGACCUUUUGACAAACAGAUGUUUUGAAUUGGACGCAGCCACCUUCAAAGAUCGGGUCGGGAAGAGCAUUCUUGGUAAUGUAAUCAAAUAUCAGGGCAAACAGAGAGACUUCAAGGAUGAAAGAAAUUUGGUUGUCAAUAAGGCGAUUGCUGAAAAUGAAAUCUACCAUCGCAAGCGUGGUAGAAUUGUUCAUAAUGAGCUUUUCACAGAUGUGAGUGACGAGGAAGAACGAGACAUAUAUGUGGUGGAGAGACCUCCAAAGAAGAAGCAGAAAAAGAGCAAGAAGAAACAGAAAGAAGCAGCGUCUAACGAGAAAUCUGAAGAAGCGAACACAUCAUCAAAUCAUGCCUCCAGCAAGUCUGGGAACUCUGGUUCAAAUAGGAAAAAGGUCGAAAGUCUCAUGGGAUUGAACGAUGAAACUGAGGAGGAUGGAUACGAUCCCCUCAGUUCUGCCACGGGGUCAUUAGCAGACGACGCGAAUAAACCUAGCAUGGUGACGAAGUCAGUGAACGCGCAAACGAGGCGUGAUUACUGGUUGAGCAAGGGACAAGCGCUUUAG